AUGAGCAUGGCCUUUCGGUUAUAUUCAGGAUCGCUCAUUUAUGGAGAUACUGGCGUCAGCAAGCAAUCAACUAUUCGCGAGUUGGUGAACUACAUCGGCGCCCAGUGUGUCGUGUAUGACUGCUCGAUUCAAUUUUCGAUGCAGCAAUUGGGUCGUAUCUUGGGGGGAAUCGUCCAGUGUCAAGCCUAUGUGUCUAUGAUCGGGCUGGAGCAAGUGGAAUCUGACGUUUUUGGGCUAUUCGUUCAUCAAAUCAAGCGACUACAGCAUGCUCUCAAGACACACAAGGAAAAAAUUCUUCUCGACAGUGCGCUCGUCUCCCUCGCCAACCACAACUAUGGUGUCUUUUGCAAACUGACGACGUAUUCCGAAGUGCGCACAACCUUGAUGGUGCGAACGUGUGCCUCUGCCUUUGUCACGUUCGCGUGCAAGUUUUCGCUCCCGGAUGUGUCGGUCUUAAUUGGUUUGUACUUGACGUGUCACGGAUUUCGUGACGUGGAAAACUUGACCAAGUCACUGCAUUCGUUCUUGUUGCUUCUCGGGACGACGUAUUGUCCGUGCCCUGGCGAAUUUCAAUGCGUUCGCAUUGUACGAAAAAUCGUGGACCUGGCAGCAAGAUACUUGGAGUUGUUUCGCGAUGAAGACCAAGUGGUCGCGUAUGCUGUGUGGAAUUCAGUUGGGUCUCGCAUUUCCCCAGAGCGAAAGAACGCAUUCUUGACGCUCCUGCAUCGGCAGUUCCCUUCAUUUCGAUAUGUGGACUUGGACGUGAGCAAAACAAGGACCCACAUUCACGAGCAAAUGGAGUUGAGAUGCCUCGUCCCGACACCGAUAAGCACAAGAAAAGUUGCCGAGUUACACCACUUGUGUUCCAUGUAUGCCAUAAACGUCGUCACAGGGGACAUCUCAUCUGGCAAGUCGACGACCAUUGAACUAUUGAGCGGACUGAGGCGGUACGCCGAAGGCGAACAACGUGUCAAGUGCUUCCGCAUUGCCACCGAAACGCUGUGUCCGGCGGAGUAUUACGGCCACGCACAUCAAGAUUUUCUUCGAGACAUGGUACGCAACAUUUCCAUCAUCAUGGUUCGUCAGUUUUAUCAGGAAUACUCUAGUGCUCUGGAAAACUGGUCGCCGUCGGCGCUCAGUCGAUUUGGAAUCAUGUACCUGCCGGCGGAUGGAUUACCGUACACAGUAUUCAUCAAAGCAUGGAUCUUGCGACUCGAAAAAGCCAACCCCCCCUUGGACGAACGAAUCCUAUCUGUGGCGCAGCAGUUGGCGCAGCUCAUGCGUUCGCACCUCCCCAGUUUGAUUGAAGUGAACAAGCUCGUGUCGACAUUGCAUAAAUUUCUGGAGAAGCUGAGCGCGAACUCCCCCACCUUGAAGGCCGAUGCGAAUUUAAUGUACCUUUGUGCGUGCACGUGGACAGUUGGCGUCGUCGUCAAAAGCUCUGCGAGGCCACUGUUCCAUGAGGCGCUGAUGAAGGUUGCUCCAGAACUGAAGUGCCACAAAUUGUUUACGCAUGGGCGUACGUUUUACGAUGUCUUUUGGCGCUCUGAAGGAACCAGCAUUGGAUUGGCGUCGUGGUCUUCAAGAGUUCACCAAGCGGACUGGUCCGCACUUUCCAACCACCACCAUAUUCUGAUUGCCAACGAGACAUCAGUGUGCGUCGAGCACUUGGUGUCCAACUUCGCCAUGGACAAGCGAAAUGUAUUACUUGUUGGGGCGAGUGGUGUCGGCAAGUCGUCCUUAGCACGCCGGGCACUCAUUACCCUCAGUGACCGUAACAUGACACGCGUGAUCAAAAUCGGCAAGAAGACCAGUGCUGUAUCGUUUCAGGAUCAAGUCAUUUUAGACCUCGAACGAAAGAUGAAAGGGCUCUAUGGACCUUGUACGGGAAAAGAGUCUGCCAUAUUUCAUGUGGAGGACAUGCACUUGAGCAAUAAGGAAUGCCAAGAGCAACUUCGCCAGGUCGUGGAUGCCAAGGAAAUUUAUCACCGCGUGUCUUUCGAUCACUUGGAGCUCGUGUCGUUAGUAUUUGUUGCUCUUGCCUCGCUCAAUCCGAGCUCGGUGAUGGAAUUGCCGCUUCGACUACUUCGUCAUUUCCACUUGAUAUGGAUACCAGAAUUCUCCCCCGACUCGAUAUUUCAGAUGUUCAAAUCCCUGCCUACUUGUGUCCUCGAACGGUUCCCUGUUUCGCUGUCAUUGGAUGCGUGUUGGAAGAUCCUCCAAUUUCCGCUGCUGGUACUUCAAGCUAUGUGGGCACACUCGUUUCAGUCACGACAUGCUAUUUUCACCAUUGGUGACGUGCUGGACGUGUACGGGUGUUUGUUGAGGUCGGCAAAGUCAAACUUUGAGUCGAAAUCAAAGCUGGAACGGGUUAUGCUCAAUCUCACGGCCAUUUGUUUUCGAGCGAAAUCCAACUUUUCGGAUCAAGACAAUUGGGUGUACCCAUACUUGACGUCCCCCAUCCUGUCAACGCUGGAGUUUGAUACCCACGACGAAUUGUCGCUCUAUUGCUUUUCCAAUAACGGCAACGGCACAAGCUACACGAGCAUAUCCCAGCAAACUGCCGUCAAUUUGUUUGUGACUGGCGACGAAAAAUUUCAGUGGCACCACCCGUCAUUCAAUGAAUCAAUCGUGAGGCAGCUAGUGCCGUUUCCAGCAGCUGUCGAUUCCUUCCUACGCGUCCUGAUUGGCCUUUCUGAAAUGAAACCCCACGUCUUGAUGAAAGGCCCUCGAGGAUGUGGCAAACGUACUACGGUGAUCCUGGUUUGUGGUAUUCUCUCGUUCAAGUACGUCGAAAUACGACAAAAUACGCACGCGGUCAAGUUGGUCAAGGAGACGCUUCUGGCAGUCGGAACGAACGCUUCCAACUACAUCAUUUACGUGGCAGCCGACGAGCUUUCGAGUGAUGUCCGGCAGCUGAUCAUGCAUGUCCUUCGAGACGGCGACAUUCCGUGGGUUAUGUACGAGCCCCACGAGCUGGAGUUAAUCUCGGAGGCAAUAAAAAAACUGCCUUCGUUCCAGCAUAUGAACCCCAGCAAAGCGCAGUGCUACAGCCAAUACCGUGACAACUUGAAAAAGCAUGUCCACAUUGCCUUGUCGCUGCGAAAUGACAAUGCUGUUUUGGACGAGUGCGUCGACGAAGAUGCAUCCCUGUUGCACUCAUGCAGUUGCCACGACUUCACUGCUUGGAGCCUCGACUCAUUCAAAGCGAUUCUUGCUACCUCGGCAAUCCCACCGCUAUUGCAUCCCCUGAUGCAGCGAAUUCACGAAUCGGUGCUUGCAGCGAAAGUCACCAUGUCACGAUUAUCCCGUCUCAAUACGUCACGUGCGUUUAAAGUGUGGAUAAAUUCGUUUGAGAAGUUGCACCAUCAAUGUCGCAAACGCUUGGAUGCAAUCCAGCAACAGUACUCGGCAGGGCUGAAAAACAUGAAGAAACUCAUCAAAGAAAUUGACGUACUGAAUGCGAAAGAAAGAAAGAUGGCUAAGGCCCUUGAAGUCAUCGGCGUCGAGUCCGAGCAGCUCCACCAGCGAUAUGAGAAGCAACGUGCGAUCGAGCAGAAGCUGCACGACUCGUUUGCAGACGAAGAGCGUGCUUACCAAGUGAUGAAGAACGCGAUCGACGAAGAAAAGCGCAAUCUCCAAUGUGAAAUCGACCAAACUGUUCCUGAGAUUCAAGCCGCGAUCAUGUCUUUGAAUAAAAUCAACAAGCUGCAUAUCACGGAGAUGAAAUCGUUCACGUCGCCGCCAGACCUCGUUCGUCUCGUCAUGCAAGCGGUGUGCGUUUUGCUGGGUCACGGCGCGUCGCCAACGUGGGACGACGCGUUGUUCGUGCUGUGUGAUAUGAAAUUUUUGGACCGACUCAAGUUUUUUGACAAAGACAACAUUCAAGAUAGCGUCAUGCGAAAACUCGACAAGUUUAUACAACACCCCAAGUUUAAUGAGGAGGAAAUGAAGCGCGCAUCGAUUGCGUCGACGUCACUCUGUCGAUGGGUUCUCGCAAUGGUGCGAUACCACACUGUAAUGGCAUACGUUCGGCCAAAGCAAGCCAAGUUGGAGACCGCUCAUGAUCAUGUGAGUAGGCUCGAGUGCACCGUUCGGGCGGCUACGGAAGCUUGGAGAGUUUGCGAAGCCAAAACAAAAGCGCUUCACACCGCGUGGAAGGACAACGAGGCGAAAAAAGUUGAAUUACAAACUGAGUUUCACCAUCUCCGCGAACGGACGGUGGCUAUCGACCGCGUCAGUAUUGUGUUUGAGAACAUCAAGCCAGUACUGCGGAAGCAACUGCACCACUUGAAGAGUGCUGACGAAACCAUCAUGGGGGACUGUCUCGUGUUGACGGCCACCUCUUCUUACUUGGGCAAUGUAAUUCCCAGUCAACGAGUGCCGCUGUUGGAAUCGUGGAAGAUCCUAUGCACCGCGUCGAAAAUUCACACGGCGCCGGACAUGCUGCAGUCGACGCUGGGGAUCGAAGGCGUCCAGGAAUUGCGCGCAGCUUGUUCUGUGAUCGACAGUCAAAUUCUGAUCAACCUGAACCAGUUGAAUCGUUGGAGGCGUUCUGCUCCAUACAAAACGUUCUCGUUGUUGUGGGACCCAGCGGGGAUUGCAACAGCGUGGAUCAAGUCGAUGGAGCGCAUGGGACUUGAAGUCAUAUCUGCCGACGACCCGAUGAUCAUGUCACGAUUUGAAAUGACGUUGCCGAAUUCCAACAUUGUGAUUUUGGUGGAUCGCGUUGGGCAAGUCAAUGAAUCAGUCAUGUGGGACCUCUUGCAAGUUCUGGUCAACCACACUUCGAAACGUCCCAUCUACUUUGUGUCUGAAUUUGAUUGUUCCGAGUCGUGGAGUAUGGAGUUAGUCGAGCGAUUUGAGAUCAUCAGCUUCGAACUCAGCUCAAGCGACCUGCAAGAAUACGUUCGGCACAUAUUCUACUUGCACUUUUCCGCUGCACAAGAGAACGAAUGCCGUAUCCUGAACGAACGCUUGCUGGACGAUUUGAACCAUCGACAAACCCAUGUCGAUCACCUCUUGAGGCAAAUCGCACUGUCCCAAGCCAACCUAUUGACGUGUGAAGAAGACAUGAUGUCUCUCGUGACUCGCAUGAGUUUAUUGACUCAGUCCCUGGGCAACAUUGAGAUAAAGACAAACGCGCUGUCCCAAAUAGAGCAGAGCCGCAGCCCGUUCCUCGAGUACGUGAUCCGAUCGUCGUGUUUCUCGUGGAGCUCACUCGCUUCGUCAAGAAUUGGCCGCCGUGGUCUCACGUUGUUGGAUGCGGCCGGCACCUUUGGCAUCAACAAACCACACAAAUGUAUCGCCAUGCUACAGUACAGCAUCACAAAACUCCCGAUGGACGUCGUGCUUCAACCUAUUGGCCAAAUUUGCACUCACGUGACCGCUGCAUUUAUCCAAGAAGCGCUCCACAGUUUACCGUCUGAAGUGCACCUGGGCUUUUGCUUCUACGUCGCACUGGGAAUUUGUGAAGCUCAUCACCCCGACGUUGUCGGAAUUAUCAAGGGUCAAAUCACUGUAUUCCGCAAUAUUUCGUACCCUGGCCUUCAUGUCAUGGUCGAUCGUUCGUCGCCGACGAUUACCCAUGCCGUCGCAUCUCGAGUGAUUGCGUCGGCUAUCCGGGCUUGCGUCGAUCGUAUCAUGAGCAAGAGAGCUGGAACCAUCCAAGCACUUCAAAUGGCCAAGAUUCUUGACGGAUCAGCACGUGUAUACAUAACACGGGGUGGCAAAAAGAGAAGCGCUAUCCUUGUUAACCUGCUGUCCAAGUGGCAUGUUCUGUUUCAGAAGUCAACAGCGUUUGCUGCGGUUGUCGACGACGUCGAUAGCUUUCCUGGGUUGUACGAAACCUUUGCGAAGUCGUCGCCAAAUUCCGUGCAUGACCUUCCAUCGACGGCUAUUGUGUCCCUUUUGCCCGUUCUCGUCAAGUUUGCCAUGGUCGCGCUCUCCCACGACCUUAUGACUCAAACCAUGCUCCACGACUUGGUCAUGGCUGUCAUUCCUGGCGCGCAGUUUCCGUCCACGUCGAUCGUCAACAUUGCAGGACAAACGGACGCUCACCGUCCCAUCGCUCUACGAUACAAUGCAGACCUGAUUGUGCAUCCAUUGUGGAGUCUCGUGGAGUCCGCUCAGAGCAUUGGCAUUCGAGAAGACGAAGUUAUGUACUUUUCCUUGGCAUCACCCGAUGCCGUGUCGUCCGCACUGAAAACAAUCAAGGAGGCUGCGUUCCAUGGUGGAUGGGUUAUUUUACAGGACUUGCGCCACAUCAAACCGUCGGAGAAAGCCGAGCUCACACGACAAUUCGAAGCCAUUGCGUAUGGUGAUCUCGCGGUGAACGCUGACUUCCGGCUUUGGUUGAUUCACGAUGACGCCGAGUCGAUGUUUCCAACGUGCAAUGUCAAAACGUACUUCUUCAACACGGCAAGUAUGAUGCCGCAUGGCAUUCACCACGCCAAAGGAACGCUCCACACCAAGUACAUGCCCGGCAUUUUGCUAUUCCAUUCGUUGGUUGUAAAUGGAUUGCACGCGGGCAGUCCUGCGGCGGCAUCGAUGCCGUACAGCAUGUAUGAAGUGGAGCAAGCCGACUUUUUGCUUCGAACGUUGUGCGACGAGAAGGAAAUCGCGUCCGGAAUUCACGCCGAAGAGUGGACUCCUGCCCAAGUUGCGACGGUCCUCGUAGCACUCUACAAGUGCAAAACGGCCGACGCGACGCUGUGCACCCAGUACGAUGUGCUGUAUCGAUGGUGCCUGGAAGUUGUAACCAGUCACUCUUCCACCACUGAGGACACUGCUUUAUCGCCGCAGUGGCAGCAGUCGUUACUACUCACGGUUGCCACUCUCACCGAAUUCCGCACGAACCUUGCUCUUCCCCCCAAGGACACGAACGCCAAUGCUUCUCGGCGAUCUCUGUCAGAGAUGCUGCCGCCUCCAACUACGUGGUUGAGCGCCACAGCUUUGGGACUACCGCAAUCCAUCCACGGGUACUUUGACUGGGAAAUGGCCGAGACAACCUUGAGCCAUUUGACCGCGCUGGCCAGCCAACGCCCGAUGACAGCGAUUCCGACCGCCACUGUCGUCGACGUUCUCAUGUUUCAACUGCCCAAACCCACGGUAUUUCAGCAUGCAGCUCGAAAAGCAUGGCAUGCAUCGUCCGAUACAGUUGAAGAAGUGCUUUGGCUCGAGAUGCUGGGUAUGGAAAAGUACUUGAACCGGGUCUGGUUCCACUUGCGCGCGGCAUCCUCGACUGCCGAUGGCAUGCUCCAUCGCGGAUUUGUCGCCGAGUGGAUGCUGUCAAAAUACGCAGCCCCCCUUCGCCUGCGAGAUUGGAUUUCGUGGGUCCAAGCGACAGUCAGCAUGUAUCAGGAAUGGCUUUGGUCCUUGCGCCUUCCACUGCUUCGUUUGCAAGCCUUCGAGAACCCUCAAGCUCUGCUCAUUGCAGUGCUGGAACAAUACGCUGUUGCCCACAACGUACCUGUCAGCGAGUUGUGCCUCGCCGCGCUCCGACCACCUUCGUCACACGAGCGACCAGAGCAAUAUCGUAGCCUCCUUGUCGGCCACCUCUUUUUUCGCAAUGCUCAAUGGGAUGGCCAUCAACUCAGCCUCUUGUCGGGGGAAGGCAGCGAUGGCACGAGUGGGUUGAUUCAACGUAGCAGUCCACUCGAGCUCUUUGCUUGGGUAAGGGGCGACAUCACCGACCUUGACGUGUUUUCAUGCCCAGUGUACACGUACUACUUCACCCACGCUCCUGCAGCAUCCUGGACCUCGCCCAUCGAAUCGACGCACGUGACCACGAUAUACGUUCCGAUUCCACCGCGAGCAGCCUCCCACUACCACGCCAAGGGCGUCGUGUGUGUUUUGAACGAAGCAUUUAAAGCAUAA